AUGUCGUUCAUUGGAACCCAGCAGAAAUGCAAGGCGUGUGAUAAGACUGUUCAUUUCAUUGAACAAGUAUCUGCAGAUGGCGUUCCCUAUCACAGAACCUGCUUCAAAUGCAGUCAUUGCAAUGGACAACUGGCGAUGAGCAGCUACCAUUCCAUGGAGGGAUCUCUAUACUGCAAGCCUCAUUUCGAGCAACUCUUCAAGGAAAAUAACUUUAAGAAACCUCCAUCAGGUGGAAAGACAAACGAAAUGCUGACUAAGGCCCCUAGCAAAUUGUCCUCCCUGUUCUCUGGGACUCAAGACAAAUGUGCUGUCUGCACCAAAACUGUUUAUCCCUUGGAAAAGGUUACUAUGGAAGGAGCGUUUUACCACAAGAACUGCUUUAGGUGUAACCAUGGGGGUUGCUUCCUCUCACCCUCAAACUGUGCUGCUCUAGAUGGCAUUCUAUACUGCAAGCACCACUUUGCUCAGUUGUUCAAGGAGAAGGGCAGCUACAGCCACCUCACCAAGACUGCUUCUCUGAAGAAAAAUGCAGCUCCAUUACCCGAGCCAACUCCGGCGGAAGAGGCAGAAGCACCAAAGAAGGACGCAGCAGCCGAAGCAGAGCCCCCGGCAGAGGAGUCACAAGAGCAAUAG